AUGGAGAUUAAACUCACAGAAGCAGAGGAUGAGCUCUGUACUCUACUUGACGAGUGUACACGCCGAAUCAAGGAGAAGAAAGGUCUAGAGACUACCUGCAGGAUAGCGGGAGGAUGGGUUCGUGAUAAGCUCCUCGGCCAUCAGAGCCACGACAUAGACAUUGCACUCCAGGACAUGAUGGGUAUGACAUUUGCGGAACACUUUGUCACAUACUGCAGAUCUGUCAAGCAUAUAUCCGUAAAAAAUAUCGCCAAAAUUGAGAGCAACCCGGACCAGUCGAAACAUCUGGAGACGGCCAAGACGACCGUGCUCGAUCUCGAACUUGACUUUGUGAAUCUGCGGAGUGAGGAGUACGCAGAGCACAGCCGCAUACCUACUCAAGUAGCAUUUGGCACACCAUUGCAGGAUGCUUUGAGGAGAGACAUCACGAUCAAUGCCCUUUUUUACAAUGUGCACUCGAGAGUUGUUGAGGACCACACUGGAAAGGGCUUGGACGACAUGCGAAGCGGUACCAUCCGCACCCCCUUGCCACCGAAGGAGACCUUCUCGGAUGAUCCUUUGCGUGUCAUCCGUUGCAUCCGCUUUGCCAGUAGGUACGGAUUCGACAUGGUACCGGAGUUGCAGGAAGCUGCACAAGAUCCCGAGAUCCAAGAAGCUCUCGCAUCCAAGAUCAGUCGAGAACGUGUAGGCGAAGAACUCGACAAAAUGAUGAGGGGCAGAGAUCCUCUGCAUGCUAUCAAGCUCAUCAAAGAUCUCUCUCUUUUCUCCAGCAUCUUUCACAUACCCCAGAACAUUGCCGUGACACUAUCCGCACGACCAGCGCCCCAGGAUACCGCACUAGCAGCUGCGUCGUACCUCUACGCCUUCCUGAAUCCGACAUUGCCAAAUCUAUCGUCCAUCGUCCCCCUCUCGUUUCCGCCCCUUCACCAUCUUCUACUUUCCGGCACAGCCUCGGAACCAUCACCCAUCUCGCGUCUGUAUCUUGCCUGCGCGCUUACGCCAUAUCGCGGCGUCACAUGCCUUGAUUCAAAAGACAAGAUCCAACUUGCUGUCGAGCCAGCCAUCCGUGAGGGUCUCAAGCUCGGCGUGCAGCAUCAUUAUCUGGAUGGGAUCCCAACACUCUUUGCCGCUGUGGACAAACUGGGAAAUGCUGUGGUUGGCAAAGGUCAUGAACAGCCUGCUGCGCAGUGGGAUAGAGCUGCGAUAGGUCUACUGUUGCGCGAGAAGGUAGUGCAUAACCCGAACAUCGGAUCAACCUGGUCGAUUUCGCUACUUUUCUCGCUCGUCCAAGAACUCGUGCCUCUGUGGGAUAUUGAAAGGGACGAAUUUGACGCGGAAGAAGCGACGAAACGCGUAAUCGCAUACAAUGAACUUGUCGCUAGAAUAGAAGAGCUGAAAUUGCCAGCAGCAGUGGACGCGAAGCCGAUUCUGGACGGUCGCACAGUCAUGAGGACCCUUGGAACGGCUACACCGGGUCCUUGGACUGGUGAUGUGCUCUCUCGUGUGGUUGAGUGGCAGUUAAGACACCCGGAAGGGAGCACUGAUGAAUGUCAGAAUUGGUUGAUAUCGGAGAAGGCGGCGGGCAGAAUUAACAUAGUAACUAAUACAUCCGGCAGCAAGCGUAAAGAUGGCAGCGGAGGAAAGUCCGCGAAGAAGGCAAAGCGAUGA